CAAGAACGUAGCCCGAGCCAGCCGGCACUCUCUGUUGUUGCACAUCCAGACCAGGGCUUGUUCUGCCCUUGUUGCUACACUAGGAGUAGGUGAGGCAUAUAUUGUAGACCUAGGGAAUGGCAAGCUUUGGAGAGGCUCCAGCCGGCGAUUCGGCCAAGGGCGCGAAGAUCUUCAAGACCAAGUGUGCUCAGUGCCACGUUGCGGAGAAGGGCGGCGGCCACAAGCAGGGCCCGAAUCUGGGAGGGAUUUUUGGGAGGCAGUCAGGCACCACUGAGGGAUUCUCCUACUCAAAGGCUAACAAGGAGAAGGCUGUGCACUGGGAGGAGAACACCCUCUAUGACUACCUCUUAAACCCGAAGAAGUACAUCCCAGGCACAAAGAUGGUGUUUGCUGGCUUGAAGAAGCCCCAGGACCGCGCGGAUCUCAUCGCCUACCUGAAGGACGCCACUGCUUAAGAGAAGCUUUGAUUGGCUUCUGUCAGCGCCUGACCUCCUGCGCAUUGCAGUUGGUUGCACCACAACAGCUUAGAAUUCCACCUGUCUCAUUCGCCCCAGUAUCGAGGGUUACAUUGUAAUGGCGUGGAUACUCAGUUCUGCAAGGUCUGAACUUGGGUUCUCAUCUGUCAUUGCCUUUGGGGAUUGAGCACACGCUGUCUGAUUGGACCUGAAGUGAUUGCAAUACUGUCUCUCGGUGUUACAAUUAUUUUGAACAAGCAAGGUGCUUUGAGCAAUGCUUACUGGUGGGUUCAGGGUGAUGCCAGUGCCCUGAAUUAGAUAAUAAUUCUGUGGAUCGUCUUUCUCUAGUGCACAAAUUUAAUUUUGUGUGUGGCAAUAGUAAGCUAGCUGUCUCGCGGACACAUGGUAAGCCAUUACAAGCUUG